AUGUAUUGUAUGACGUUUGAAAAUAUUUCAACGUAAAUGACGAGUAGAAUUUUAAGUGAAUGUUGAUGUUGAUGUUAAAAAUUAAUGUUGAAUUUCAAAUGCAUCCAAAACCUGUAUUAGGGAUAUUCGUUAACAAUUUGGCAUCACGAGAAAUAAGAUCCUAAAUGGAGAAGGGAUCUACUUCGCGGCAAUUUUUUGUGGGUGUGACCGUAAAUCUCGCUUCUGUAGCCCUGGGGACCUGUCUCUGUUGGACCUCCCCAAUGGGUCCGGUGUAUACAUCCAACGAUACCAGCAUAAAUCCACUGAACGUGCCUCCCACCACGAUGGAGGAAUCCUGGAUUGGUUCACUGAUCGCUCUAGGAGCCCUCGCCGCUCCCUUCAUCGCUGGACCACUGGCGGAGAUAUACGGUCGCAAAUUAACUCUGCUUGGUAGUUCAGCUUUAUUUAUUCUAAGCUGGAUUCUUCUGCUGACGACCAAGACAGUGGGGCAGUUGCUGGCAGCUAGAUUGAUUCAAGGAUUCGGGAUAGGAUUUGUAAUGACGGUGCAGACGAUGUAUAUCGGUGAGAUCGCUUCUAAAGAGUACCGAGGGGCGCUGGGUUCUCUUAUGCAGUUGGGUAUUGUCUUCGGAGGACUGUACGUGUAUGCGAUCGGACCAUACGUAAACUAUCACGCAUUGCAGUGGGCCUGUUUGGCAAUUCCGAUUACCUUUACAGUAAUCUUCUUGUUCAUGCCAGAAACCCCUACGUUCUUCAUUAUCAAGGGCCGCCAGAGUGAUGCCAUCAAAUCACUCCAAUUCCUACGGGGUAUGUCGGCUGAUGGAGUACAAGACGAAAUGACGGAAAUGACAAAAUCCGUGGAGGAAUCAAUGAAAAACAAAGCGAACCUGAUUAAUUUACUUAAAAGUAAAGGAAACGUUAAGUCGUUGAUCAUCUGCGUUGGUUUGAUCACCUUCCAACAGCUAUCUGGAAUCAACGUAAUUCUGUUUUACAGCCAGACAAUUUUCGCUAAAACAGGCAGCAGUUUAACUCCUGCCAUUUCCACAAUUUUGGUUGGUAGUGUCUCGUUUCUAGCUAGCGGAGCAACACCGAUCAUCGUUGAUCGGUUGGGUCGUAAACCGAUUCUGCUAGCCUCAGCCGCUGGAAUGUGUCUUGCUCAUGGAACCAUGGGACUGUAUUUCUACACGGACUACCUCAAAUUGGAUGUGGUGGAUAGCAUCGGCUGGUUGCCUAUUUUCUCGUUGAUCUUCUUCGUGACGGUUUACUGCGUCGGAUUUGGAUCGAUACCAUGGGUCGUACUGGGUGAGAUGUUCCCCGCUAAUAUGAAGUCGAUUGCAGCCUCGAUUGUGGCGUCUUCCUGUUGGGUGCUAGCAUUUCUUGUGCUGCAAUUCUUCUCGACAUUGGAGGUGGCAGUGGGAUCGCACUGGUUGUUCUGGAUAUUUGGUAUCAUGUGCGGAGUGGCAUUCGUGUUCACCCUGACCACCGUGAUGGAGACUAAGGGAAUGAGCCUACAACAGAUUCAGGAUAGGCUCAAUAAAUAGGUUUUGAUUCGUCCGACAGUUAUUAUUAGGAAUUCAAA